AUGCCUUGCUUUCUCGGCCUGGCCGUUUCCAUACACACGCCCAAUGGCCCGCUGCCGGAGCACUCGAUCCAGAAGCAAUCCAAAUUCCACCGCAUCACGUCGUACAUCCCCGUCCCGCCUGCAAAAGUGCCCCCGGGCGCUACCAAGCCAGAGCAGUCGACCUUUGCCAUUUCAAUCACCCUCCUCACCCCCGGCCUCCACGUCCCGUACUCGACACCAAAGCCCACGCCAGAUGACCAGAACCCGAAACCCAAGGUCGUUGGCGGCCUUCCUGGCUCCGCCGGCGAGCGGGGCAAGUACACGCCUACGAUAGCCCCCUACAAGCCUCUGACCACCUCGCCCAACGAGACAAUUGCUGCCUACAUAUACUUCGAUGGGAGAGCCAAAGAAGAGGUCGCGACCCUGUUACGGCGCGGGGAAGAGACUUGGGUGAACUCGCGGUGGGUCAGUGUGCCAGAUUCGGAAGGUGGAGGACUUGCAGAGCGCGAGUUCCUCUUCCGCGAGGUCGGUCUGGAGCGCUGGCUCAAUGGCCUGGAUCUCGAAGGUAAAGAUAAGGACGUAGCAGCCAAGAUUGAGCGGAGAAAGCAGCGUCUAGAGAAGAAGAGACGGAAGCGAAGAGAAGCCGCGGGCAGCAGCGACGAAGAGCAAGGCAAAGAACCUCGGAACGGCGUGCUGCGCUACGGCGAGAACAAGGAUGCGCCGGUCGAGUCAUUGUCAGGGAACGACGACUUCUUCACGACUGACUCCGACGAUACCGACGACGAGGGCCCCGUUCCUGAAGCAGCCGGGCAGAUCAAGGUGGCACUGUUCCGCGUGUUGGCAUCUGGCGAAAUCAAGCGCGGCGAGUACUCUCCACAGUUCGAUGCACACGACGACGACGAGCAGAAUGGCACCGGAGAAGGCGACGACAUCGACCAUACAACAAGUUUCGCGAAGCCCAAGACUCUGGAUCCAAAGUCUAUCAGCACCCAGACAGUCACUGGCAUCGACCCUCCCGAUAAGCCAUAUGCGGUCUUUACCUUCUUGUACCGCGGAGAGCGCCAAUUGCGCAAGAUGGGCAUUCUGGAAGUCGACAAGACCCCUACUGUAGUCUCUCCCGCAGCAAAGCGGAAAUCUGGAGCGCUCAAUUUUGGCAGCCUUAAGCCCCUAGAUGCCGCAUCAGGGACCAAGAACUUUGGUGGCUAUCGUGACGCCGCUCAGACGUCGCCCAAGUCAAAAAUCAAGGUCGAGGACGCCAUGGACAGUGAUGCCGAUGACGAGGACGAGAUCAAGGUCGAAGAUGACGACGAGAAGGAUAAUGGUGGCAAGGGACUGUUAUCUCCCGAAGACGCCCAUCGGCAAGGCGAACUUGCGGAGGGAGUGCGGAAGAUCAAGGUACUGCCGGGCAUCACGACCACGGAAGCCUCCUCGUCCACUAGUGAUGUCAAGGCCGAACCCAGACCAGAGUCGAGCAUCGCCUCGCCAUUCAAGAAGCAGCGUGCCUCUCUCCCCGGCUUUGACGACAAUGUAAGAAAGAGCUUAGGCCAGGCGCUCAUGGGCACGCCCAAAGAGCGCGGCAACUCAGAAGGCAACAUACCCUCCUCAAACCUCGAGACCAAGAUGGAAGAAGACGAGGAAUUGUAA